AUGUCCAGCGCGAUCAAAAAGUCCUCGUCAAACACGAAUCUACACGACCAGAUUCACGACGACUAUCUCAAUCCUCUGCCAUCGCCACAUACAAGUGCAAACCACACGCCAGAGCUCAAUAGAGAACGCGAAAUCUGCAAGAAAUGCAACAACCUAAUCAACGAAGGCCACGCUUACGAAUUGGGCGAGGAUAGGUGGCAUAUUGACUGUUUCAACUGUUCGAAAUGCGAUACUUCACUCGGAUGCAACUCGAAUUUCUUGGUGUUGGGCAAUGGCAACUUGAUUUGCUCAAACUGCUCCUACAACUGCAAGCAGUGUGGGCGUAAAAUUGACGACUUGGCCAUUUUGACCGGCGACCAAGCCUAUUGUUCAAAUUGUUUUAAAUGCCGAUCUUGCAAGAACAAGAUUGAAGAUUUGAGAUAUGCUAGAACUUCAAAGGGCUUGUUUUGCAUGGACUGCCAUGAAAAAUUGAUGGCAAAGAAGAAAAAGUAUGAUGCGAAAAAGAAACAGUUGGCGUUGUUGCAACAAAAGCAACACUUGUUGGAAAGAGAACAAGAACAAGAACAAAAGCUGCAACAACUGCACCUGCAACUGCAACUGCAACUGCAGGAUGAAAAACGAGUGAGCGCUGCUAGCUCAAGAAAUAGCUUGUUACAAUCGUACAUGUUCAACAAUAGAAGCGGCUCUUCAACAAGCUUCUAUGGCCAAGAGAAUAAUUCACUUUCAUCGCUAGCGUCUCACAAGAAUAAAACAUUGCCCAAACCACCACCAGAGGAUGAGUCGACGAUUGUAUCGCCUGCAAAAUCGCAAUACUAUACCCCGCAUUCAAACGUUUAUCUGCAAGAAACUUUGCUUAAACAAUCACCAUUGGCGAAUUACACCACCGAACCUCCACGCAACAAAAUUCAGCCAGCCGAGAAUGAUUUCUCGAUUGAAGAAGUUCACGAUUCUUCCGACUCAGACUCUAGCGGGGACGGCUCCAAAAGGAAUGGCACAUCUUUGAGAAACAAGAGCUCUGCCACGCGUCUGGUUAACCAUUUCUCAACUCCAACAAUAUCCAACGAGAAUCCAACAUCCCUGGCCUCUGAAGAGUUGACCGACCUUGAAAAAACAAUUUAUUUGGAUAUCGGCACCACGCCGUCGGAAAAGGAGAUUUCCCAGUUGAGACCAGCUGCAGCGUUUCCGGGACCCAACAACAUCAAUCUUCAAACACCGCAGCAAAAGCAGCAUCUGAUGCAUAGUCUAGAAAACAAGAGCAAGAAUCUUCUCAUUUUGUCACCCAACCAGUACCACGAUAACGAGUUCCACAAUGCAACAAUGAAAACGCCUAGCGAAAGCUCGCCCAAUACUUUGAUGAAUCUUACGCCAAACCACCGCCAGAGCGGAUCGAAUUUGCAUCCACAUGGAUCAAACGACGAGAAUUCCAGGUCUGCAAUGAACUCACCGUUUGCUAAAGGCAAUAGGCAAGCCAGAGUAGUCGAGACCAUUGACGAUAUUACCAAUGAUGACAUGGACCGGAGCGACAUUCUCCCGCAAGUCAUUUGCACUCCACAGCAGGAACCAAGACCAAGAUCAGGCACUGGCAUUUCCUUGUCAUCGCCUCCACCGAAGUUGCCUCUCCCAAGCACCCCUUCGAAGAAGAAUCCAUCAAGCAGACUGAAGUUUGACGAAUCGAUGGCGCAUGGAUUGGGACUAGAAGGGGUCACAUAUGAAGUGCCCGAGGCUGGCAAGCCGCCCAUGAGAAACAGACCAAGCAGAGAACGAGUUGACACAGUCGACAGGCUAGAAAAGCAUAGGAGCGACGAAGCACAUGUUACCCCAGUGCAAGCAGGUACUUUAAAUAGAAUGAUUGGCAACGUGACUCCUGCAGUUACCAACUUGGAAGGACAACACCAGCAUCAGCAUCAGCAUCAAAAUCAGCAUCAAAAUCAGAGUCAGAGUCAGCCCCAUGACGUUGACACGCCGCCCAAAGAGGCCCAGUUGUCGAGAAAGUCGUCAGUGUUGCGGACGUUGAAGCAUAAACGUACAAAGUCGGGCAAUACUCUGUCAAAGUUUGCAUUUUUCAAAUCACCCAAGGAUGAAGCAAGUUCCCCUAGACAGUCAAGCCAUACACGCCACAUUUCAGAAGGUUCUGUUAUGAGCAACUCGGGAAACUACUCGGCCCUCAAUAGCACGAGUAACCGUUCUCCCAUUAGUCACAUGCGACUGACGUCUGAUUCAACUGCCAUGUAUGGAGAAGUUGAUCACUACGCAUUCUUGAAGCCUGAAGUGCAGAAGUUGUUGGCAGAACGCAACAUUCUCGAUCAGGACGUCAAAAAAUUAAAGAAUGAGAAAUUGCGACUUGUUGAUGAGUUGAAAUCGUUGCAACAUUCAGUUGCUUCUGAAUCCAGCACCUAUGAAACGUUGAUUGAGCAGAUUAAAGAGUUGAAAGCUGACAGAUCGCACUUGACUGACGAAAACCAGGAGUUGACUGCGCAGAAUAGAGUUUUGGAGUCGAGGAUUUCUGAACGGUCCUCGAGCUUGGAUACUGAUUCGUUUGACAUGUCAACCAUUGCCAACAACAAUAGCUUUUCAUCGGCAUCCCCCAUGAGAGAUUUGAGGCUGGAGCAUCUCCAUUUCCCUCAACACCAUCAACAUCACCAGCAGCAUCACCACCAACACCACCAACAAUUCUUGCACAAUGGCCACAAUUUGCAAAACAGUGCCCAGUCCGAGGAGGAGCAGCCUCAAAAGGCCACCAAGUUGAAGUUUUGGAGACGUGGCAAAGUGGGUGCUCCGCAAGUGGUGGCCACAAGCCAGGGCGAGAACCCCAAUUCAGCAUCGAGAUUGCCCAACAGUCUUUCCUCUAAUGCAUUGCGCGUGCCCGCCAACGGCAAUAAUAACGGUGCCGCCGGGAAUGUGUAUGGCAAUGGGAAAUUCACCAAAUCAGUCUCCACAAACAUCUUGGACUCGUUUCUAGGCGGUGACUCCAACGGUUCCGCUGCAUCGACACCAGGUUCAUCUUUAUUCAACUCCACCAUUCAGCAGCGAGCCGGGUUUGAAAAAACAUCUGUGCCGUUUAUCAUCUCGCGGUGUCUCAAGGAAGUUGAAGAUCGCGGAUUGGAUUACGAAGGUAUCUAUCGAGUUUCCGGAGGCAGUUCUGCCAUUGUUGCCAUUGAAAAUGCGUUUGCCAAUUUGAACCCGAGCAACCAAUCGGACGAGAAGCAGUUCAACAAGGUGGAGGACUUGGUGACCAACGGAGACAUUCACGCGGUGACGUCUGCACUCAAGCGGUAUUUGAGAAAGUUGCCGGACCCCAUCGUCCCCUACGUGAUGUAUGACGAGUUUAUAAGAAUCGGGCAGUCGCCAGAGGAUAUGAGAGUCAAGGAGCUUGUCUAUUUGGUCAAGAGACUCCCACCUGCCAACCAUUGCGCGUUGAGUCAGUUGUGCCUUCAUUUGCACAAGGUUAAUGAUUUGAAUCAUUUGAAUCGGAUGGGGUAUAAGAACCUUAGUGUUGUCUUUGCGCCUACUCUAGCACGAGACCGACUGGGAGAACGCGAGAUGACCGAUAUGGGGCUCCGCAAUGACGUUACCGAGUUGUUGUUGCGUGAAUCAGAACGGAUAUUUACAUAA